GCCCCUCCUUCCCCUGUCCGUCCACCCAGUUUGUUACUCGCUGCGUCGCUUCCUCUGCCCUGGCGAAGUUAGCACUGGGGGCGCCGUCUGCCGGCUCAGAGCAGAGCGGAGCCGGAGGGGGCGGGGAGCUUGCUGGGCCGGGCCUGGGCGUUUGCACCGCGGCUCCGCGCGACCCUCUGGCCGCUGUCCCAAGCAGCGCGGCCCCGUGGCCUCCCUUCCUGUCCCUGGAGCACCGCGUCGGGGUGAGCGGCGCGGGCCGGCAGCCCUUGCGAGGCCGGUGCUGAAGCUGCUGAAAAAUGGCAGAAGAAGUUGUGGUAGUAGCCAAAUUCGAUUAUGUUGCCCAACAAGAACAAGAGCUGGACAUCAAGAAGAAUGAGAGAUUAUGGCUUCUGGAUGAUUCUAAAUCUUGGUGGCGAGUUAGAAAUUCCAUGAAUAAAACUGGUUUUGUGCCUUCUAACUAUGUGGAAAGGAAAAACAGUGCCCGGAAAGCAUCUAUUGUAAAAAACCUAAAGGAUACCUUAGGCAUUGGAAAGGUGAAAAGAAAACCUAGUGUGCCAGACUCUGCAUCUCCUGCUGAUGAUAGCUUUGUUGACCCAGGAGAACGACUCUAUGACCUCAACAUGCCUGCUUAUGUGAAAUUUAACUACAUGGCUGAGAGAGAGGAUGAAUUAUCAUUGAUAAAAGGGACAAAGGUGAUCGUCAUGGAGAAAUGUAGUGAUGGGUGGUGGCGGGGAAGCUACAAUGGACAAGUUGGAUGGUUCCCUUCAAACUAUGUAACUGAAGAAGGUGACAGUCCUUUAGGUGACCAUGUGGGUUCCCUGUCAGAGAAAUUAGCAGCAGUCGUCAAUAACCUAAAUACUGGGCAAGUGUUGCAUGUGGUACAGGCUCUUUACCCAUUCAGCUCAUCCAACGAUGAAGAACUUAAUUUUGAGAAAGGAGAUGUAAUGGAUGUUAUUGAAAAGCCUGAAAAUGACCCUGAGUGGUGGAAAUGCAGGAAGAUCAAUGGAAUGGUUGGUCUGGUGCCCAAAAACUAUGUUACCAUUAUGCAGAAUAAUCCACUAACCUCAGGGUUGGAACCAUCACCUCCUCAGUGUGACUACAUUAGGCCUUCACUCACUGGAAAAUUUGCUGGCAAUCCAUGGUAUUAUGGAAAAGUUACCCGGCAUCAAGCAGAAAUGGCAUUGAAUGAGAGAGGGCACGAAGGGGAUUUCCUUAUUCGUGAUAGUGAAUCUUCGCCAAAUGAUUUCUCAGUAUCACUAAAAGCACAAGGGAAAAACAAGCAUUUUAAAGUCCAACUAAAAGAGACUGUCUACUGUAUUGGGCAGCGCAAAUUCAGCACCAUGGAAGAACUUGUAGAACAUUACAAAAAGGCACCAAUUUUUACCAGUGAACAAGGAGAAAAAUUAUAUCUUAUCAAGCAUUUAUCAUGAUACUGUUGAUCAGAAGUGACUGCUACACAGCUUUAAUUUGUCAUGUAUUUGAAGACUGAGAAAGUGUUGGAAGACUGAGAAAAUGUUGGCCCAGUUGUGUUUGAUUGGAAAUUGCUGUUUGUAACUGUCUAAGAAUCAACUAUAAUACAUAAAUAUUUUUGUUAUAACUGAGCAUAUACAUACAUACUGCGUAUGCAGGACAUCUGCGUAAAGCCAUUGCUUAUCCUUGGUCUUCUGUUUUAUUGUUUUCUUCUUUGCUGUUUUUCUCUUUGUUUUUAAUUAUAAGUUUUUGUAUUUUGAAAAAAUCAAAUAAUGCAGAUCAUAAGUCUUUACAUGGAAGAAUUUCUUUAUUGCCUUUCCUUUAUUUCCUUGUAAGUCAGUUGUUCCACCAUGGUUUUUCCUCAUAUAAAAUUCUUAUAUUGAUAUAUGGCAUAUGCUAAAAUAAAUUUCUUGGAGAGUGUUAAUCUUUUCUGUGACUGAAUAGCAAUAAUAAAUGAAAAAUUAGAAAUUUUCAGGUAUUUGUCACAGCCAGUGUGAAUACCAAGUAUGUUGUGUCUGCCAUUAUUUUAAAAAAUUUGCUCUUUGUCUUCAACGCAAAGCAAAACAGAUGGGAUAUAGGUUUCAUGUUGUACAAUUUUAAUUUACAAAUGUUUGAAGCAAAAGUCACUAAAUUCUUAAGAUUU